UCUACUCCCGCUGCUCCCUCCGAGUCAGUCGCCGGCCCCGCUGAGCCCGCGAAACGUGAGUUUGCACGAUGCAACGCUAGCCUGACCACGCUAACCAUCAUACAUAGCCGAGGCUAAAUAAGCCAUUAUACUUCCCGGUUGCUAUAAUGUGCGACUGAUAUGUUUCCCUUCUUGCUGGAACUCCAGCCCUAUAUGCAUUGUUCUUUAUCACUUUUCCAUUUCGCUUCGCAUACCCCGGCAUCGUCUGCUUUUCCAUCCUGUGCUUGUGUCAUUGUUCGUGUCGCUCGUAUAAUACCCCCUGUGUCUUCUUCAAAUUGUGGUUUCAUUGAAGACUUCUUUGUAAUACAGGCCAUGCGCCGGUCAUCAUUACCAUUCUAUGUUAGUCCUUGGGCCGAGUUGCGCCUUCAUGGUAUCAUAUUGUUAAGCGGAAUAGAAAACUAUUCAUCAUAGUCAUCAGCGGACUCAAAAAAAGGGUAUCAUGAACUAG